AUGUGUCGGGAUAGGGCGCAGACGACAGUGCCGCAACGGCAUGUGAUCCACACUGUCGAGUCUUCAUCUACAAGUUCAGUGGACGUUACGACGCCGCAGCGUAAACAAAGAAACAUCGCAUCAAUUGCAACGAGCAAUGACUAUGACAAACGACGGAUUACUCGAGCUCGUGCAAGAAGCAGACGAGGAUCCGUCGCUGCACUCGACUCUGGUCAGGGCGACAAAGAGAAGGUCGAAUCGCUGCUGAGAAACGGCGCCGAUCAGAAUAUAACCGACGAAAAGGGAUCGACUCCUCUGCACAUCAUUUGUCAGAGAGAGGAAUCUUUCGAUGGUCAAAGUUUGGAAUUGGUGGAGCUGUUUUUCAAAAUUAACGACGAGAAACAUCAACCGGUAGAGAUAAACGCCCAAAACGACGCAGGUGAUACGCCAUUGCACUUGGCUCUGGUCAGCGGCAACAAGAAGAUGUUUGAAUUGCUGCUCAGACGAGGUGCUCAUUCGAAUCUAGCCAAUGCAGAGGGUUCGACUCCUCUGCACGUCAUUUGUAAUAAUUACGACGAUGACACGAUGGAUUCGUUCUUUCGGAUCAACGACGACAUUCAGCAGACGAUGCAGAUCGACUCACGGGACAAAAAGGGUAACAGACCGUUGCACCUGGCUCUGACUCGAGGCAACAAGAAGGCCACCGAAUCGCUGCUGAGACGCGGCGCCCAUCCGAAUUUGUCCAACGAGGACGGCGAGACUCCUCUGCACGUCAUCUGCAAGAGAGAGCGAUACUUCGACGAGGGCCUGACGGAGUUUUUUUUCAAGAUCAACGACGAGCUGAAUCAGCCGGUGCGCAUCGACGCGCGGGACAAGAAAGGCCGGACGCCGCUGCACUGGGCCGUGACGAAUCUCUCGCUGAAUACCGUGGACGCACUGCUGGAUCGUGGCGCCGAUCUGUCGAGCUUCGUUUUCCCCACCGCGGACGAAUUCGACCGGGGAUUCGAGGCGCAACAUUCCAAUCACCGACUUCAAUUCGAUCUGAAACUGAUGUCCGGCACCAUGAAGGUCGUCGGACGCCUUCGGCAGAGAGGAUACGAGCUGGAACGGAGCGACGCGCUGACGAUCAUGGACGCGUUGGCCAAGCACGGACUGCUCGAGAAGUCGGCGGAUCUCGAGGAACGUUGGUCGCGAGACACUCGCCGGAACGAGGAGUUCGCGAGCGGAGUGAACGAGAUAAUGGCGAGCUUGAAUCUGACGCUGCACGACGUGGCGCGGAGUCUCCGCGAGAAACUGGCGAGUUUAUUUUGCCGGCCGUGGGCGUUGGAUUCUUUGUUGGAGCUGACGGGCCGCUACCGAUUGCCGAUUCUCUGUUGUGAAAUAAUCAUCGAUUACGUAGAUAACGAAGAUUUACGGCACAUUUGUUUGGCUGACGAGGGUCAAAGCUCGUGA